AGGGACAGCCGUCUCGUCCAUGUCGUCCCUCCGGCAGCAGCUCGGAGGCCAGCAGCUGCCUGCUAAGCCCAGGGAGAGAGCCUGAUCCUGGGCUGAGAGAGCGGCCGAUGCCCCCUGGUCCCUCACACUGAGCUGGAACAUGCUAUAGCCACCUGACUGCCUGUCAAAAUGAUGGCCUCGGUGGUUGUCGGGGGCAACCGCAAGAAGUCUCUCACGCUGAGAGGGGUCGACCCCGAGACCUGUAUGAUCGUGUUCAAGAACCACUGGGCUCAGGUGGUGAAGAUCCUGGAGAAACACGAGCCGGGUCGUAGCGGCGCCGGUGCAUUGAGCUUCCUCUCCGGUCAUACUAACAGCAGCUCCGGAGCGUUACGCCUCGGCCCCAUCCCGGCGGACGAAGCCAGCGCCGUCCAGAACUACGUGGAGCACAUGCUCUUCCUGCUGAUGGAGGAAGAGGCGGGUCAAGGCGGAGCGAUGGGUCCCAUCCUGGAGUUCGUGGUGCUGGAGGGGGUGAUGGAGAGGCUGUUUCUGUGGAGUCUGAGGAGACAGUUCACGGAGGACAUGAAGCUGGAGCAGCUCAGGAUGUACCAGAUGCUUCUGUCUCAGGCCAAACAGCCGCUGCUGCACCACAAACCGGUCCUACGGCCGCUCAUGAUGCUGCUGGCCUCCUGCGCUGGAGCCGGGACCGACAGCGGCGGCGUGGUGGAGGCGGAGCUGGUCCUCCUGCUGAACCAGCUGUGUGUCGCUCUGGUCAAAGACCCCUCAGUACUGGAACUGUUCUUCCACACCAGCGAGGACCAGGGAGCCGCCAACUUCCUGCUCUUCUCCCUGCUCAUACCCUACACACACAGACAGGGUUCGGUCGGUCAGCAGGCCCGAGACGCUCUGCUGCUCAUCAUGUCUCUGUCGGCGUCCGAUCCUCGAGUCGCCCAACACAUCGCCGAAAACACGUACUUCUGUCCUGUGCUGGCCACAGGUCUGUCCGGUCUGUACUCGUCUCUCCCGGCCCGGCUGCAGGUUUACAGCGAGGACUGGCACUGUCUGGACCGGGCCGCCGACUGGCAGCAGGUUCCAGCUCUGGUCCACUUCCUGCACUCUCUGGACUUCUGCAGCGCCGUCACAAAGGUCGCUCACCCGUCCAUCCGCUCUCAGCUGCUGGGUUACAUCUACAACGGCUUCCUGGUGCCCGUGCUGGCUCCCGCUCUGCACAAGCUGACAGUAGAGGAGGUGAUGACCACCACGGCGUACCUGGACUUGUUCCUGCGCUCCAUCUCUGAGCCGGCCCUCCUGCAGAGCUUCCUGUCCUUCAUCCUGCUGCACACGCACGACAACGUGCACAUCCUGGACACACUGGUGAGCCGGGUCAACACACCUUUCCAGCUCGGCACGGUGUCGCUGGCUCUGUUCAGGACUCUGAUUGGUCUCUUCUGUGAGGACGUGAUGCUGCAGCUCGUCUUCAGGUAUCUGAUUCCCUGCAGCCACCUGAGCAGGAGGCAGCGCUCCUCCUUGAAGCAGACGGACUGUUACUCCUCCAGCGCCGCCUCCCUGCUGCUCCUGCUGCCCUCCUGGUGUCCCGGGAACCUCCUCAGCGUGAACUCACGCUCAGAGCACAUCCACUGGCCCAAAGGAGCAGAUCUGUCGGUGUCGGACAGCGUCGCUUACUGUCGAGGGUCAGACUUUCUGAUGGACGUAAACUACCUCCACUACCUCUGGGACGCCCGCCAGGCCAUCGCCACGUCCCACAGGGCGUGUCGGCUCUGGUCGGCUCGGUAUGACGGGGUCGAACCUCCGCCUCAAGAAUAUCGAUCUGACACACCGGGGGACGACGUAGACGACGAGGACGAGAUCGUACGGCGAGUCAAAAGCGACUCCAUCUGCUCUCUGGGCGUCACUCCUCCGCCGUCAGCCCUCUCCCCGACGCCCUCCUCCUCAGACACCGUAUCUACGAGCAACCAGACGGGACGAGCCAGCUCGACCCUGGAGCUGGAGUGGGACGACAUCUUCGCAGAUGACGAUCCCUCCUUGUUGGCAUUGACAAACACGGCGCUCGCAAACGGCACCGCGGAGGCGGCCCCACUGCCUCCUCGACACAUCCAGGAGAUGCGCCGCACUGCGACCAAGCUGGUGUGCGGCUCGUACGUGGAGGAGUCCGAGUUUGAGGACGACGUUCUGGUGUACAACCUCGUCGCCCAGAGAGAAUCAAAGUCCACCACUUUGGACCGAAUCAUGGCGGCAAAUCGACGAGCGCGCGGGAGCAUCUCGAACGGACGAAUAUCGACGGCAGCGACGACAACGACAAUAACAACAAUGCUGACGACUACAGGGAGGACGGUGAUGGAGACGGUUAACAGUAUAAUGUCGACGAGGAGGCGGAGCGAGGACGGAGGGAAAGAGGAGAGACGGAGGAGUGAGGAUUACGUGAAGGAGGUGAGGAGGAGGAGUGAGGACGGAGGGAAGGAGAUUAACAGAAGGAAGGAGGAAGGAGAGGAUGAGAUAACGAGGAUGGACGUGCAAGGAGGGCGUCAGAUUUUCACCAACGGCUUUAACGCAAAGAAUCACAUCAUCGACGAAUGUGAGGACACGGACAAAGACUUCACAACUACAAUCAGUUACAAACUACACACAAACAACACGCAACAUCCAUGUUUACCCAACGGCCACUCUGACUUCGAGCCACCUGACGCCACGUCUCCAAAUCUGCCCACUAACAAAGUCGCCAACAGCGACGACUUCCUGUCCCGAUACCACGAGCUCAUGCUGUCUUUAGGGGUGGAGCCGGACUGCGACGACAUCACGAACAACAUCAGCUCAUUCAGGAGGCGGGUACGAGCGCUCAGGCAAAAAAUGGAAGAGGAGGAGGAGCUGGGUUUUAGGUCCUCCUGGGACGACGGAGAGGAGGAGGAAGGAGAGGAGGAGGAGGCGAUGGAAGAGGAGGAGGAGGAAGAGGGAGGCGAGGAGAGGAGGAGCAACUGUACGAGAGGAAGCAGGAGGCAUGGAGUUCCCUUCACAGGUCCGUUCAUCAGCGUCCUGUUGUCCCGGCUCGAGAACCUCCUGGAGAACUCCAUCGCCGUGAACCUGCUGGUGACGGGCAUCCUGGCCCAGCUGGCGUCGUACCCACAACCUCUCCUCAGGUCCUUCCUGUUCAGCACAGACGCACACACCCAGCCCAACGUACGCACGCUGUACCAGGUGCUGGUGUCGGUGCACGCUCAGAUUGAACGCUACGUGGCGAGCAGACCGGACUAUCCUGCUCUGGUCACUCAGGCCUGGAGGUUCCUCUUGGCUAAAGACCAGGACAGCAAAUUUAGAGAGUGCCUCCAGUCUCAGGGCGGCGACAUCAUCCUGGACCCGUCUCUUCCUAACGGCUACGUGAGAAACGCUCUGGCGCUGCCGCCUCUCAACGUCCUGCCACCCUGCCCGCCCAUCCCCCCUCAGGCCAAGAGCCGAGUGUUCGCCAUCAUCCUGUUCGCCGAGUUCCUCAAGGAGCUGGCCGCCAUCGCCCAGGAGCACAGCAUCGCGCUGGACUGCUCUGCGGAGGAGUAACGGGAGCGCCGUCUGCCGUCCAGCCGUGAAAAUCUAAAAAUCUGCCUGAGAAACUGCCACUGAUGUGCCCGAGAGCGACUAAAGACGAAGACGUGUCGACCUCCAGCAGAGGAUGGAGGUCUCGUAAACGUCCUAAAAACACAAGCACAAAAACACGCAACACAAAUCAUAUUAUAUAUAUAUGUGAAUAUUGCAGUAAUAAAUUUGUACAGUACGCUUAUAUUCAGGGCUGCACUUGAAUAUUUCCCCCACUGUGAAUAUGGAUAUUUAUAUGUUGACGAAAAUGAGAUUAUUUUGGAGAUAAUUCAAGUUUUCUACAUAUUUGUGGGAUGAGUGCAAAAAGUUUUCUACACAGUUUUCUGAAAUCUUAUUUGUUCACGUGGGAAAAAAAUGUUGGUUAUUUAAGAGUUUUCUAAUUAUUAAGGUUUAUUUAAAAAUGCAGAGGACUUUAUUUUGGCAAUCGUACUCAGGAGGGGAAACUUGACGCUUAAACCAUAGAAAUAGAAAUAACUAUUUAAACACAUUGAAGUGACUUAACAUCAGAUUUAGUUAACGUUUAUCAACAAAAACAAUAACUAACUUAAACCGUUGAAACUUUGGCAAAUUGGUUUGUUUUCUUUCGAGAACAUGGCGGAAAAAGGCAAUGAGCCUCAUAUUAUCAAACAAUAAAAAAGGGGCAAAAUAUUGAAAAAAGAUAUUCAUAAUUAUCAAAAUUAUAGAUAGAGACAUUUUACUAAGAUUAUUACUUAUAUUUGUACUUUUUGUGCUAA